AUGGCCUACAAAACGUAUGGGGGUCCACAAACGGCUGAUCUUUUGGACAAAUCCACUAAUGUCAGCCUUGCAGAGAACAACCCAGACGUCAUGACAAAGCUUGCUCAUCAACUGGGCCUUUCAUCAGUUCUCUCCUUCCAAGAUGUUUUCAGUCUGACCGAGCCUGAUCUAAUCGCUCUACUACCCCGUCCAGCAAGUGCCCUUCUCUUCAUCUAUCCAGAAACAGACCUUGUACGAGCGUACGAAGUUGAGCAGAAAGCCUCCGACAAACAAUAUGAUGGUUGUGGUCCAGAUGAACCCAUCAUUUGGUAUCCUCAGAUCAUCACAAAUGCCUGUGGUUUGAUCGGCUUGCUCCACUGUACCACCAAUAGCCCCGCUGCCGAAUUCAUUGAAGCAGACAGCGACCUUGACAAAUUUCGCAAGGCCAUCUUGCCUCUCAAGCCCAAAGAACGAGGCCAGUACGUGCACGACUCCGAGAUCUUGGAGAAGGCUCAUGCUGCGGCCGCGCAGACUGGAGAUACCACCGCACCUCCUCUAGGUGAAGAUCCCGGUCAUGCUUUCAUUGCUUUUGUGAAGGGCAAAGACAAUCAUCUGUAUGAGCUGAACGGUUGCAGAGGGGGCCCUGUGGAUCGUGGUGUUCUUGAAGAAGAUGAUGACGUUCUGAGUGAAAAGGCCCUUACCCUGGGUCCACUACCAUAUCUGAAGCGGGAGGAGGAAGCCGGAAAUGGUGUGGUCAACUUCAGUUGUACUGUCCUCGCUCCAAGCUUCGUUGGUUAA